AUGUUCAAAUUGUCUUUACUGAGAAAGAUCACUGCUAUUGUACGCAGUAUAUGCAACCUCAACUCAUCAACCUCUCCUCACACACUGGACUCGAAGAACCAAUACGUACUCGCCCUCUCGCCAGAAUAUGUACGACCCAUGAAAGAUAUCAGAGCCGCGGUGGAUGAAAAAGCCCAAUGGCGACACAGCGAACUCCUCCUCCUCAACAAGGUCAAAUGUCUAGAAACUCUCAAGACCUUGGACAUCAUGUUUGCAGAUUCCAUCGCUGAAUUACAACUCGUGGGUCACCACUUAAUGAUCCAACACGACAAGAUCACCAACGGCGGUACGGUAGAUCCACAAAGUAUGCACUUCCUAGACGAAAGAAGAGAUCACCCACCUUCAGUGUUGCUAGCAGCCAACCACGCCAGAAGACUCACCAAAAGAACCUACUCAAGCAGAUUCAAUAUGACCGAGGACCAAACCAGAGUUCUCGAUAUCUCUGAUUGCGCAAGUCGUAUGCUGGAAGCCAGUUCCGAGUUUCUUGAUUUGCAAGCUAGAUGUCGCGAAUUGAUUGCCUUGGUGCGAGCAGAGAACCGUAAGGAUGCUUGGAACAACUUGUCAGCUUGUAUUGCGGAAGCUCGUUUUGCUCGCUGGCAAGACGCUUAG